UUCGCGAGCCGCCACUCCUAUCGUCCUAGAUCUAAAGCCGAAGUUUCGAACCUAAAGCUCCGACGAACUUCCGGCGAACUCUUCGGCGAGCUUUUUCGGCCAUCCUCGGCCUCCUCCACAGAUUCCAAGACCAUGACAAGUUCCGGUGAGCCCUCCAUGGAUGGCCGGCGUCCUUCGCUCCUUCAUCUCCGGCUGCUGUUGCCUUUCCUCGGACCAGCACCGCCGCCCGUGGACCAUGGCCCCACUCCACCGUGCCGCCUCUCCGGUUCCCUGGCCGUGCGCCCCUGCGCAGGGCAGGUGCCGCAAUGGCUGCUGCCUGAGUGCAGGCCGAGCAGGGCCAUUGUCCUUGGUCACCAAGGGCCCAGCACCCCUCCACAUGACCGCGUGCCGCUGCCGGAUGGCCAGGUUGGACCCUCCCUGAGCCCCUCCUCUUUCCCUGUGCGAGUUGCUGCAGAGCAGAGGCCAUGGAGGCCACGUCCAGAUGCACAUGGAGCAAGGAAGAAGAUGCACGUAUUUACAGAAGUGCCACCGACAAGAACUGUCCGUGGACGUGGAAGAUUAGAAGAUGAUGACCAAAAGCUGAUGGUGUGAGAAUUGAGCAAGUCUUUAAGUUUACUAGUAAGAGUUGAUCAGAAGAGUGAUGGAAUCAUUAAGGAUGUUCUCAGAAUACAAGAAGUGCUAGGCAUAUGUUACCCCCAGUCAACCGUCCCUGUGAAGAUUGAGCCUGAAGAUUAGUUAUCGUUCCGCGAUACUCUGAUGUAAGUGUUAAUUAUAAGUAUG